AACUCGCAUGUCCCAUUGAAAAACAGCUGAGGAUCCGAAAGGAAGGAGCGGAUGAGGAGAGAGAGAGAAGCAGACAAAAGAAGCUGAAGCUGCGGCUGCGUUGAGUAGUAGUCAAGUAGUCUUGGGAGCACGAUAGCUGGCCAUCCACUUGGUUUCUUUAUUAUUUCCAUCAGUAAAGCACAUCAAGGGCGGUGGAGCUCUGAAGGCCGAGCGCGUGCAUUCUGAUAUUUCGAGGUGCGUCGUACUGAGGGACUCGAUACCGGACUGGGCGCAUCUUAUAUCGCUCGAUAAAGCAGAACAAAGGGAGUCUUGAGCGAGGAAUGCGCGAGCCGAGCCUGGCGCCGCCAAAACAGGGCCAAAUGUGCUUCUGAGACCUCCAGAAAGGCGCAAACUCUUCUGAAACAACAUUUAAGGCAACACCGAAACGGAACACCCUCAAACCGCAACAACCCCGUUAUUUACCAUGUUUCCUCAGAAUCGACCCUCGGCACCUUUGCAACCACCGCCCGGGUCCUCUGCUUCAGUUGCAGCAGCAGCAGCAGCUGCGGCCGCUGCAGCAUCGGGGUCGACCCAACCUCUAAAACUCACUUACUCCGAGACCCUGGACCGCAUAAAGGAGGAGUUCCAGUUCCUACAGACACAGUAUCACAGUCUGAAGUUGGAGUGUGAAAAGCUGGCCACAGAGAAGACAGAAAUACAGAGACAUUAUGUCAUGUACUACGAAAUGUCUUACGGCCUCAACAUAGAGAUGCACAAACAGACGGAGAUUGCAAAACGGCUGAAUGUGAUUUGUGCCCAGCUCAUUCCUUUCCUGUCACAGGAGCACCAGCAGCAGGUGGUCCAAGCCAUGGAGCGCGCCAAACAGGUGACUAUGGGGGAGUUGAAUGCGUCGAUAGGGCAACAGCUGCAGGCGCAGCACCUUUCCCAGCAUGCUGCCCAUGGGCUGCCCAUGGCCCCUCACCCCUCUGGCCUGCCUCACCCGGGACUGGCUCUGGGGGGCGGCUCUGGACUGCUGGCCCUUUCCGGGGCCCUCGGGGCCCAGCUGGCCUCUAAAGAUGAGCGAGCCCAUUUGGAGGCCGUGGCAGCGGUGGCAGCAGCCGAACACCACAGAGACUGGCCACGGGGACGUUUACCUGCCCUUCCCAUGAUCCCCAUAGACCGUGAACCUGGACCAAGUUCACUCUCUAACGGAGACAAAGGCAGGCCUUCAGACUACCUCAGCAACGGAAAAAAGAGAAAAGCAGAUGAGAAGGAAUUUAUGACCGACUACGGCAGCGACGCGGAGAAGAGCGAUGACAAUUUGGUCGUUGACGAGGACCCUUCUUCUCCAAGGAGUGUGCAGUCGUACUCCUCCAGAGAGAACGGAUUAGAUAAACUCCCUUCUUCCCGUAAGGAGCCCCAGGCCAGUCCGACCUCGCUGGCUUCCUCCAGCAGUGCUGCUUCCCCUUCACGCAGCAAGGAGCCUCCUCCAAGAGAGAAGUCCAGCACUCCAGGGAUGAAGCCUGGCACGCCUAUGUCCCAGGAGUCGUCCACCCCAGGCCCCAGCAUUCCUCCGCAGUUUCGCCCUGUUCCUGGGAAGCCAGGCAUUGACCCUCUUGCAUUAGGCCUGAGGAACCCAUUGGCGAUGCAGGGCGCAUACCCCCCUGGUGCAUUUGGCCUUCCUCCCCCAGGAGUUAACGGCGAGUUGGCUGGAGCCGCAGGAUACGGUGCCGGUCUCCAUCUCGUCUCCCCUCAGAUGAACGGCUCAGCUGCUGCCGCUGUCGCCGCUGCUGCAGCCGCCGCUGGAUACGGACGCUCACCUGUGGUGGCCUAUGAAUCUCCUCACCCCCAUAUGAGGGUACCAGGGCUACCUGCUAGCCUGCAGUCGGCAGCUUCUGGAAAACCAGCUUACUCGUUCCAUGUGAGCGCAGAUGGUCAAAUGCAGCCGGUGCCCUUCCCUCCUGAUGCCCUCCUCGGCCCUGGCAUCCCUCGUCAUGCCCGUCAGAUCCACACCCUCAGUCAUGGAGAGGUGGUGUGCGCGGUCACCAUCAGCACUUCCACGCGUCACGUCUACACUGGCGGGAAAGGCUGCGUCAAAGUGUGGGACAUCAGCCAACCGGGCAGCAAGAGCCCGAUGGCCCAACUGGACUGUUUGAAUCGAGACAAUUACAUUCGCUCAUGCAAGCUCCUUCCAGAUGGAAGGACUUUGAUAGUUGGGGGUGAGGCCAGCACGCUGUCCAUCUGGGAUUUGGCCACGCCCACUCCACGAAUCAAGGCCGAAUUGACGUCCUCGGCUCCGGCCUGCUAUGCUCUGGCCAUCAGUCCAGACAACAAGGUCUGCUUCUCCUGCUGCAGUGAUGGAAACAUCGUGGUCUGGGACCUGCACAACCAGACGCUCGUCAGGCAGUUCCAAGGUCACACAGAUGGAGCCAGCUGUAUCGAUAUUUCCAAUGACGGGACCAAACUGUGGACGGGGGGUCUGGACAAUACAGUGCGCUGCUGGGACCUGAGAGAGGGCCGACAGCUGCAGCAACAUGACUUCACCUCACAGAUCUUUUCUCUGGGUUAUUGUCCUACGGGCGAGUGGCUUGCAGUGGGGAUGGAGAGCAGUAAUGUGGAAGUGCUGCACGUCUCCAAACCAGACAAAUACCAGCUGCACCUUCACGAAAGCUGUGUUCUCUCGCUCAAGUUCGCCUACUGCGGAAAAUGGUUUGUAAGCACAGGCAAAGAUAAUCUACUGAAUGCAUGGCGAACUCCAUAUGGAUCAAGCAUAUUCCAGUCUAAGGAAUCGUCGUCCGUCCUCAGCUGUGACAUUUCUCCUGACGACCAAUUCAUUGUCACUGGCUCAGGAGAUAAGAAGGCUACUGUGUAUGAAGUAAUUUACUAAACUGAAUGUGUUCAAAACAUUGUUAAUAAAAUGAGAAACUGAAACUGA